AGUACAAAAUGUGUUGAAUAUAUCGAAAAUUCCGAUGGUAUCUAUCAGAAUGAACAGAACCGAACAGUUGACAAGGACAGAUGAGAAGCUCCACUCAACCUCACAGUUGCCUAAAAUGGUACUGGUUCUAACGUACAUGCGAUCAGGUUCGAGCCUUACAGGAGAUAUUCUGCAACAAAGUUCAGAGGCAUUUUACGUAUAUGAACCAUUUAGAGCCAUUGCAUCUCGAAAUUCAUCCACAUAUUCUAUUUCAUAUAUAAACGGGACCAAAAGGAAACCGCCAUAUUCGUUGACACAGGAAGCUGUAGAUGGGUUAUACAAUUGGUUCACCUGUAACAUAUCACGACUUCCGGUCAUCGGAGUAUAUGAUAGUUUUCUUAACAAAGGUAUAAAGACACGUGCAAUGCAACCUUGUCUUAAGAAAGUAUACAAUAAAACAAAAAGUAGGGAGAGUGCAGUUAAAGUGUGUACAAAGCAGCUAGAAGAAAUAUGUAAAGAUUCUCCUGUACGUAUUGUUAAAACAAUCAGAAUCGCUGCCAAUGAUGUUGAACACUUGUUACAAGAGUUGCCAACUUUAAAAAUCGUGCAUUUAGUUCGAGAUCCGCGUGCAACACUGUUUUCACAAUCUCAUUUUGGAAUGUGCAAACAACAACGAGGCGGUUGGCAAGGGUGUACAAACAAUUUCUGUAAAAGAUUAGAAAAUGAUGUGUUAAAAUUAGAAAGUCUUAAAAUAAAAUAUACGGAUAGAAUAUUAGACGUUCUGUACGAAGACAUAGCAAAAGAUCCAUUGACAAUGUCCAGAAAAAUGUAUGACUUUAUAGGAGAAGAUUUUACACGGCAAGCCGAAUCAUAUAUUUACAAUAUAACAAUGGCUGGGAAUCAAAAUAACUGUGCAAUAUGCACGACACGUUCGAAUUCAUCAGAACACAUUAAUACUUGGAAAAAGAAAAUGAAAAAAGAAUUUAUACAGGUUGUUAAUGAACGAUGUAAUUAUAUUUUAAAACGUUUUAACUUUGAUGAUUUUCCGGCAUCUUAAUUGUGAUAGUUUUUGUGUGAUUUUAAAAAGACCUCAGGUGAUGUAAUAGUAGCUAAAUCAAAAUGUAUAUAUUCAUUGGUUGAAAGCAUCGAUAGACAAACAUUGAACAUAUUAAAACGGAUAUUUAAUAUAUGACAUCUGUUUUCUUCCUUCUGCUCAUCAAUUCAAAUGAUUUUUUUUGCUGCAAUAUUUUUUGGGGGGCGGUCCUAAAUGCAGACUAUCAUUGUGUAUUACAUUUUAACCGUAAUUAUAAAUUACCUUCUUUGUUCACUUCAUAUACUUUACUUUUAAAGGCAUUUAAUAAUAAGAAUAGUAAGCAUGUCAUGAAUCUGGGUGCAUGAUGCUUUAAUUCAUCAUAUACAAAUCUUGUUAUUCUAAAUGAGGACGUAUCUAUGGAUUUGUAAAUUAAAAAACAAACAAGAUAAUUUUAAAUAAGGUGUCAUAUAAAUGUUACUAGAAUAAAAUUAUUUAGAUUAUGUUGACAAAACAUGAUGUGUUUCAUAUGUAUUUGUAAUAAUGUUUUCGCUGAAUUAUGUUUCAUUACCGUCCAUGAGCAGGCUUACUCAAACUGAACCUGCAAACUUUUAAGUUUCGCCGUUUUAGGCGAUCUACAGGGAUUUUUUAUUCUCUUUUUUAUUGUAUUGUUUUUAUCAAUACAUGGAAUGUGUUCCUGUUCAUUAUCAUUAUUUACAAACUAGAAGUUAAAUGUUAGAAGUCCUACUUAAACUAUAAAUGUUUAAAAAAAAAAGAAUAACGUCAAUGUAUUUGUAAUACUUAAUUUAAUCUUAUAACAACUAAGAGGAGGGGUGAUCUAGCGGUUGAAGUACCUG